CUGUUCGAUAAAGUUUUGAUAGCUAACAGAGGAGAGAUAGCAUGCAGGGUAAGAUAAUUUAUCCUAUCAACAGUAUAUUAUGACUGUGAUUAUCAAUUCGCCCUAUAUCAUUUUUUUUAAAAUCAUUUUCAGGUGAUGAAAACAUGCAAGCGUCUUGGAAUCAAAACUGUAGCAAUAUACAGUGAAGCUGAUGCCAAUGCGGUAUGUUUUGAUAAGUUUUUGAGAACAUUAAUUUGCUGAAGUGAUUCACAAUGUGCUUGUCAAAAUGUUAAAUAAAUGUUCGGUCUAUUCUUGUCUUAUAAAAUCUGCAUCAGAAUAUGCAGGCAGCACCUUACCGCUUAUAUAUCAACAAGGAAAAAGUACAGAAGUGCGGUUAGUGCACUUAAGUUCUUACAAACAAGUGCAGGCUUUGGAAAGUGUUCCAGACAUUACCAUCAUUUGCACUCUCCUGGGUUUUUCCAGGUAAUCAGCCCACCCACAUCUCCAUAAAAGUCAAGUCGUUAACUUCUCUUCAAUAUCUUGAUGAGAUCUACAAAUGUAAAUGUUUUUAUUAUUAUUAUUGUUAUUACUAGUCAUAGUUGUCACUAAAUCUGCCCCUGACCUUUUAAAACCCGAAUGAAGAUUCCUUGUGGUUGUCCAUGUAUUUGCCAUGAACCUUUGAAAUGCAGUUUUCGUAUUAGAGUUUCUGAGUGUAAUUGUUUUGUUGUCUGUUGUGUUUUCUCAAUUAUUACACUUUGUUUCCUGGGUGAAUGAAAAUCCAGAUACAUGUCAUGCUUAGGAUGGAAAAUUGUUUUUUAUACAUCCCAUAAUGAGUUCAACCAACACUGCAAAUGUAAUAGAACGCGUGUUAAACAACAAAACCAUCUUUAAUUAUUUAUUUGUAAACUAAUAAUAUAAAUGUCCUAUAACUAAUGUGUCGAACGAAUGCUUUGGAUUUGAGUGUGACAUUCUUGAACGCAACUGAUAUAAAUGAUUUCGCAAUAAACUAACCCUGGUAACGGCACUCAAGUUAAGCCCUGUCGGUCGGGGUUACGAAGUGGAUGGGUGACCAACCGCGAAUAUCGUCUUAAAGGUCCAUACGUUGUUCUUUCUUUUCUUCUUCUUCUUUUUUGUGUAUUAUGUGGUGUUAUUAUUAAAAGUGUAUUGAAAAGCAGAUUUAGCAUUAUUUCGGUGUCCAGAUUUAGAAAAAGACAAAAACAAAGAACAAAUAUGGCCCGGUGCAGUUCCCCUAAAAAUCAUUAUUCUUUGGGCCGUAAUACAGAGCUGAAACUUUGCAGACUUUGAUCUAUUAUUCUGCGGGGAAACUGGCAAACUAAGAAAUCUGGGUUUUCGACAGUGUAAAACGAUCAUAAUUCAUCUGAUUCCAAUCUCCUGUUCCUCUGUCUCUUGCUGUCGGCGUUGCCUUUGCUGUGCUAAUCGAUGUUCCUUCUGCUCCGCGGUUUCUUGUGGAUGUCUUCUCCUUCAUUGUUCACGCUGAAUUUGAAGUCGGCGUUCUCUCUCCAGAGGAGUUUCGGUGGAAAAUCUUCCUGGGCGAGGAUUUGGAGCCACUUGUGUGCUUGUGUGUGACACAAUUCGGCAAAUGCGACUCAUUGACAAACUCAGUUUGCGCGGUUGCUGAGCCAGGCACACACGCUGAAAAGUUUCAUCAAAUCGAGAAAAUUUCGCAUACUAACACUACGUCGAUACGAUACUUUUACUUUACGCAGGGGACAUUAGGGUGCCUCCUCGGGUUCCGGCCUCUGGGCUGGAACCCUGCGGGGGCAAUUAUUAUUAUUAUUGUAAAACCGCUCUUAAAAUUUUGGCGUUAAAAUUGUUCAUGAGAUUUGCUAAACUACACCUUAUUGAAAUAACUUCUGCGAAAAAAUUUUGCGAUUUGAACAAAACGCGAUUUUUUAACCAAUUUUUGAAGUCUACAUUAUUUUUGCGGUACACCCGUGCAGCUGAUCACGCAAACUAGCAGGUUCACAUAUGACAUCAUGUGACGUAAAUUAAGGAACUCGCUUUGCCUUGCCUUCAUCAGCUGAAUACAAAAAAGAUCAAUUACAAGUAAGGAUUGAAUCACAGUGUCUUAGCAAGAAGAAAGUUUUUCUGAAACAGAAAAACCUACCAGAACUCUUAAUGUUUUCCUGUGGAUAAAGUCACGUGUUCCUUAAAGUACGUCAUACUCCAAGAGAAGACUAAGACAAAUGGUGUGCCAAAAGUGGCGGCAAAUUUGAACGUUUUUAAAAAAUUCGCAAAAAAUCGUCUUUGGUUCAAAUCACAAAAUUUUUUUGAAGAAUUUUUUUUAAUAAGAUGUAGUUUCUGAUAAGAAAAUAAAAAAUUUUAGGUGAUGGGCACUUUAAGUAUGUCCUAAUUUAUUGUAAGAUAUAAAGCAGACUUACCUGCCGAGCCUUUCUCUUUCACCUGUCGUAUCCUAAGCACCAGCAUUAACUUUGCAUGUAACUUAUUUUCCAGCUUCACGUAAAAAUGGCUGAUGAGUCAUUUUGUGUGGGUCCACCGCCAACAAAUCAAAGCUACCUGAACAUGGAUGCCAUUAUGGAAGCAAUCAACAUAACUGGUGCACAGGCAGUGAGUAUACAUGACUACCUAUUCUGGCAUUUAAUUUUAUAUUUUUUUUACUCCUCAAUUGUAUUCAGGUGACUCUUCAUCAUGUUUAUUCCAACCUCCUGUAUUUGUUGAUGAACUCUCCUCGAGUUGAAUUUUAAGAACCUUGAAUAUUCAAGUUGAAAAAGGGGAAAAUUUUCAUUGUUGCCUGUUUACGUCCUCCAUAAUAUGGAAAAUUAGGCAUUUUUGCGUCUUGGGCAUUCACUAACGGUAAAGAGAUGUGCAAAAAAAGUGUGGUACAUGAACAGAGUUGUUGUUUUGCUUAUUAAAUCUGUUGAUUUUUUUAUGUACUUGAUGCCUUCACCACCUGGAUGCACUGGAUAUUCUGCUAUUCUGAGAGCAUUUUACAUUACUUGUAUUUUGUUGAGAUUGUUACAGUUAUGCCAAAAAAAUGGUUCUCUCUUUCAACUCCUCCUAUCUUUUAAAACUCCUUCCUGGGCCCUUGAAAUUAAAUAUAAUGCCCCAGUUGUCUAUUAGAUCAUUUACGUUUACAAUGAAGUUUUGACAUUAAAGGAUCCGACAGACUUCUUAAAGUGAUACAUUUCUUUUCAGGUCCAUCCAGGAUAUGGCUUUCUAUCAGAAAACAGCAAGUUUGUGGCUAGAUUGGUGAAUUUUUUUUUUUUUCAUAUAGUGUAUCUUUUUCCUUUAGUGCAUCUUUCACAUGAUGUAGAACCAGUUUAAAAAGUGGUUAAAAACGAAAUAAUACUUUAAACAAUUCUGACUGACUCACUGACUGACUGACUGGCUGACUGACAGACUGGCUGAAUGACUGACUGCCCAACUGGCUAGUGAGUGACUGACUGGCUGACUGACUAGAUGACUGACUGACUGAAUGACUGUAUGACUGACUAGCUGACUUACUGGCUAAUUGACUAACUGACUGAAUGACUUACUUACUGAGUGAAUGACUGACUGACUGACAGACUUACUGAGUGACUAGCUGACUGACUGCAUGACUGGCUGAUUGACAGACUGACUGACUGACUGGCUGAAUGACUGACUGGGGGCGGGGGGAGGGCUAGUUACACACUGGUCACAUGAAAUAAUUAUGAAUCAAUAAUCCCCAUGCAUUUUCUAAAAGAAUAAGUUGAGAUAUUUUAAUUAGAGGUCAAAGCAUUUUUCCUCUGGGGAUCAAUUUAUUAAUUCUCAUAACUUUUUUGUUCCUGCUGUUGCGAGAAAAUUUGAUGAACACUCUUGUGUUUCUAACUCUUCAUAACAUUUGGUUACACAAAAGCAUACUCUUCUGUUUAUUUUUAACAACAGGAAAAGGCUGGUGUGACAUUCAUUGGUCCCAACGCUGCUGCAAUGCAAGCAAUGGGAGAUAAAAUUCAAAGCAAACUGAUUGGCAAGAAGGCUGGUGUCAGCAUCAUCCCUGGAUUUGAAGGA